AUGGCGGUCUUGCGCAAGCUUGUGGAUAAAGUAAAUGAGGCUUCGAGGCUUCUCGUAGAGUUGGAUCAGCUGCAGUCAGUGAAGGCACAAUUGCAGCUUGUCGUCCAAGCUGGACACGGAGAUGAGGUAGCCCAGUCCGGUGAGCCCGGGAACCAGGUGGCAGCCAUCCAUCACCAGCAUGAGGCAUCGUCUGACACCAGAGACCUAAGGGCUAUGGAUCGUAGGGAGCCCGUAAAACACGACCUCACCUCCGGGGUUGCUUCGGGCGAAUACGCCGAGACCCUGCCGGAUCAAGGAUUGCGGCCAGUGCAACAGGAGUUUGCACACACGACAUUCUUACUCAAAGAAGCAGAAGCCGCCAAAGAAAAGGUUGUAGGGGAGCUGGCAUCCAGAAGUUUUGUUCUGCUUCUCGAGCUUGCCACCACGACUUCCUUGCUGCUGCAAGCGGAAACCGAAAAAACAAAGGUGGCAGGAGAACUGGCAGCCAGAAUUGCUGUGCACGAAGAAGCAGAGGCUAAGCACAAGCAGAUGAAGGACUCCUUAAAUGGAAUAUCAGUUGGCAGCCCGGAAAACACGCAGCUGCAAGUAAGCCGACAGCACCAUCACAAAGUGCUUUUGUCACAGCUUCCUCCCAUCGCAUCUCCUAUCACGGUGACCAGAGCGUUGGCCGAAGACGACCCGAAGUUUACUGCCCUGAAGGAGAUGUUCCAGUCGUCCAUGGUGCAACAUCGAACGAGCCUUAAAUCAAAAGUGUGGUGCGACCCGCCAAAAGUUUCAGUGACUCGAAUCUGUGAGCUGUUUCAUGCGGACAAGCAGCAGGAGUACGAACAAGCACGACGUACAAGAUGUGCCCGAGGCAGUGGUGAUUGCACUCCCAUUGAUGGCAUGACCGCCAUGAAGUGCGAAGUGCCGCCGUGCUGGUACGACUUGAACGAAUACCUGCUGUAUCACGGAACGAGCUUUCGGAAGGCAGAAGACAUUUUGCAGACGGGCUUCGAUCCCCAGCGCGGGGGCGAUACGACAGGCUCUUGGUUUGGUAAAGGUACCUACUUCGCUCAGAAUGCUUCAAAGUCGGAUAUGUACACCACAUGCGAUAAGUGCGAUUCCGACAACUUCAAGGACUGUCACCAUGCCCAAGGCGAAAGAUGCCUGCUCGUGACACGAGUGCUGCUUGGAGAGAGCUCAGUUGAAACGGAUGCUAAUCCCAGCACGAAGGUGCGUAUCAAAGCGCCAGACCAGGACGACGGCGCUCCUUACGAUUCUGUCACUGGAGCGUGCAGCGUGAGAGGUGGAGCGCUGGAUUAUAUGGAGUUCGUCGUCUUCAAGGAAAGUCGCAUGCACGUGCAGUUCCAGAUCUUCUACACACAUGAUAAAAACUGCGAGUGCAGUCUACAGCAUUCGAAGGGGGGAUUCAUGAAUGCCGCCAGCCGGUCCUCUGCAGCAUUGAGCAUUUUCGAAUCUGAGGAAGCAGCUCGUGCAGAAGGACUUGCAGAAGCGGGCCUGUCAGGGAGAGUCGCAUGCGAAGAGGGCCACGGCAAAGUUGCUUGGACUGGCCGGUCAUCCCUCAUCUCCCUGGGGUUGUACGAAAGCUGUGUCUUGCGGCGGAAGUUGGCCAAGGAGGUGCGGAGCUUCAACCAAAGCAGAAUGCUCGAAGAGGACAAGCGCAGCAUCAACGUCGAGUGUCAGGAACUCGAAGACCGCUCCCAGAAGCUGCGCGAGGCUGUUGAUGACCAGCUGACUCCUCUGUCCGGUCGUAUUCAGGAAGCAGAAGCAGCACACUCUGCCGAGGAGGCCUGCUGUGAGCUCCAGGCAGCUGAGGUGGCGCGCCUUCGCACGGAGAUGAUGGUGGCGAUGGAGAGUGGUGUGCAUGCGCGCUUGCUUCGGAGGGCACAGCUUCCCGAGUCCAGGGCGAACUGCCGUGCGGUCCAGCUGGCAACCCGCAUCACGAUGGAUUGGUGCGUGGUCGUCGGAGAUGAGAGUGGGGGGGAGGUAGCGGUGGGAGUGCAGGACUUCCUCGAGACGCAGGAGGCAGCUGCUCUGAAGCAGAUCGUGGAUCAAGGCUUGAUCCAGAAGCAGCUGGUUUGGCUCCCGAAUCCGGAAGGUGACGAACCUCCGGGGCGGCACGUGUUCUUGCACCCCUACCUCUGGAGGAAGCUUCAAGGCAAUGAGGUGAAGUUUCCGCCGACGAAGCUGAACUUCUUCGAGCUGCUGCGAUCGUCGCUGGGAGAUCCCCAGUUCUCAGAUGUGUGGCUCGUGCCAGCAGCUCCGCACUUCCACCAGAAAGUCUUGGGCCUGGACCGCAUGAAGGAAGUCGAGGCACCGUUGAGCAUCCAAAAGCACCUGAGGCCGUACCAGCUCGUCGGGUUCCGCUGGUUGGCCACGCUUGCGCGGAAUGGCCUCGGAGCCGUGCUGGCCGAUGACAUGGGACUCGGCAAAACCCUCCAAUGCAUCGCCAUGCUCACCUACCUCAAGGAGCAGGACCUGCUCCACGACGAGAGAGGGAACCGACGGCCAGCAUUGGUUGUGGUGCCUCCGGGACUUCUCCGGAACUGGCAAAAUGAGUUCAAAAAGUGGGCGCCGGAGCUGACCUUCUUUGUCUACCACGGGCUCGGUCGCCAACUGCCCCCUUGCAGAGGGUCCGGCUAUGAUGUGCUCCUGACGACUUAUGAGAUGGCGCGCAAUGACCAGUGCAAGUUGGCGGAUCCUUUCCAGAUCUCCUUUUCAGCCAUGGUCAUUGACGAGGCGCAGAAGAUCAAGAACCACGGAGCGCAAGUGUCGAAGGCAGUGAAGCGGAUCGGCAAUGUCAUCGGCCAUACUCGCAUUGCUCUUUCAGGUACUCCCAUAGAGAACAAGGUUGACGAGCUCCACUCGAUCUUCGACUUUGUCAAUUACGGGUACUUGGGGUCCCACGACUCUUUCAGGAGGACGUUUUCGAUGGUCAUCGAAAAAGGUAGAGAUCCGGCGCGGAAGACCGAAAGUCUGGAGCUGCUUCAGCGGCUGACGCGGCCCUUCCAGAUGCGCCGUCUGAAGACCGAUCCCAACAUCCUGCCGGACUUGCCGAACAAAAUCGACAUCCCUGAGACUGUGGUGCUGACGAAGGAGCAGGUGAAGCUUUAUCAAGCAGUGCAAGAGGAUUUCAAGACCACCAUGAUCGAAUCCCGGAACACAUCAAACAACCACAGCUUCGAGCGACGGGGGCACAUUUUCGCUAUGCUGGAGCAGGCUCGACGGAUCUGUGCCCAUCCUCUUUGCCUGGACCGGACGAAGUAUCCGGAGAGCUGCAAGGGGAUGACAUUGCAGGAGCGUUCUGAACUCAGCGGGAAGACUCAGAGAUUGGUGUCCCUCCUCGAAGAGAUCUUCGAUGCAAACGAAAAGGCAGUCAUUUUCGUGACACGCAUCGAUGUCAUCGAGUUGCUGAAGAAGCUCCUUGAGCUCAAGUUUGCCAACACCGAGAUCUUGACCUUCUCUGGUAAAUUGUCCUUGGAGGAGCGCGCUCAGGUGGAGAGGCGCUUCCAAACAGACUCCAGGUGUCAGAUUCUGCUGAUGACGCUGCAGUGUGGAGGCAUCGGCCUGAACUUGACCGCCGCCAACCACGUGAUCCACUUCGAUCGAUGUUACAAUCCGGCAAAGGAAGCCCAGGCUACCGACAGGUGCCACCGCUUGGGCCAGCAGAAAAGUGUCUGCGUCCACCGCCUCAUUACUGAAGGCACCUAUGAAGAGAACUUGGAGAAGAUCAUGCAGCGCAAGCAGGACCUCUCGUCACUGACAGUCACCAAAGCUGAAGACUGGAUCGCCGACUACGAUGACCAAGCCUUGUUUGAUCUCUUCAUGCUGCGCAGCGGCACCGGACGGCAGCAGGGGCCCGACUGCCAACCGUCGAGGAGCCUCGAGAUGCGAGGCAAGCGACCGAUGCCAGAGCAGGACGUUCAGGAGACCUCGCAGAAACGAAGCAAGUGA